UUCCAUUUACGUGGCUCCCGCUGGUCUCCCGAUGGAGGAUGAUACAGGGCGUACAUUGGACGUAGCCAUACGGCAGUACCUCGAGGAGCGGUACCCGCAACUCGCCUACUCAUUCCACGAAGCCGCAAGCCUCAGCGUAGGAGAAGAGAUGCGAUGCAGGCAGCCUCUCCAUCGCAUUGCCCAUUAGAACUGAAGAUCUCGUAUGGGAUGGGUGUGUUGUGAUAUGUGUGUAUGUGGAUUGAAUGGGUGCAGGAUGAGCCUCGGCCCGACGCGGAGAGCGUGUUGCUCAAGAGGUGGCGUGCAGUGCUGCGGCUGCAGGUGCGGAUCAGCGAGUUGGAGGAGGAGAGGGACCGCCUAUCAGAACAGAUAGAGCAGCUGCAGGGCGCAUUCAAAUUCCGGGCGCCUCCCGGUAACUAACAGAGAUCUGCAUCAUCAAUUGUGGAAUGGGAAAAGACCACACACACGCACACUACACAAUGCUAUCCAUGGCGGGUGUUGUGCGCUGCAGAUGCGUUGCCGGCAUCGGGUGCAAGUGCGAGCAUGGUGUUGUGCGGCCACCGGGGGGGCAUCACUGCUGUGGCCUUCCACCCCACAUACUCGCUGGUCUUCACCGCAUCGGACGACGCCACCAUCAAGGUAAGGUUGGUGGGCACUCGUGUGUGUGUGGUGAGGUGGGGUGAGGUGCUGGCGUGUAGGUAUGGGACUACGAGAGCGAUGGACGGCUGGAGAAGACCCUGAAGGGGCACACCGAUGCCGUCAACGACCUGCACUUCGACACACACGGCCACAGGUGCGGUGGGUGGGUGAGGUGCAGUGCAGCCAGCGGCGCGCAUCGCAUGGCGGUUCGUGUCUGGUCUCUUUCGUCUAUGUGGGUAUGACUGACUGACAGGUUUGCCUCGUGUUCGUCUGACAUGAGCAUCCGUCUGUGGGACAGCACCCACAUGGAGUGCAUCCAAGCCAUGCGCGGACACGACAACACCGUCUCGGUGCUCAAGACAAAACAAGACAAGACAAUACACCAGCCAAGACACACACACCGCACCAAGCCGCUAGCUAGAUCAGAUCUAUCCGGGUGUGUGUGUGUGUUGUGUAUGCCUCUGGUGGGAUUGGCGCAGGGAGUCCGUUUCGUGCCGUCCGGCGAGCAGUUGGUGUCGUGCUCGCGAGACCACACACUCAAGCUGUGGGAUUGCGAAACCGGGUGGGUGGCACACCUACGCAGGCAGGCAGCCCAGACGACGUGCGAUGGUGCGUAUGUGUGUGUGUGGAUGGGGAUGGACGGCUGCAGGUAUUGCGUGCGGACGUACGUGGGCCAUUCCGAUUGGGUCCGCACUGUCGACAUCGCACCAGACGGCAAACUCUUCGCAUCUGGCAGCAACGAUCACAAGUAAGUGACUAAGCAUCAACCACACCACACACACACAGAGAGAGAGAGAGAGAGAAACGUCUGCAUCUUCUGAUUGUGUUGGCCAUGUGCUGUGCAUGUGCAUGUGAUGUGCAGCAUACGAGUGUGGUCUUUGAGUGCGCCCCACGCCCUGCACGAGUUGACGGAGCACGACCAUGUGGUGGAGGUCGUCGCCUUCGCCCCCAAACCCACCCUCAUCCAGAUCAGGGACGCACACGCACACGGACAGACGAGCAAAGCACCGCCGUCCACAGCAGGGGGGGUGACCUCUACUCCCUCGCGGAUGGUAAGCCUUCAAUUGAGUGACUGACACAUCUAUACGUCUCGUGGAUUGGAUUACACGUCUGUGUGUGCGCAGCUGACAACGGACACAUCUGAGGGCCUGCCCAGCGACGAGACCAGCCAAACUGGUCGGUUCGUGUGUGUGGAUGGAUGGAUGGAUGGACGGACAUGUGUGUAUGUGUGUGUGUGUGUGUGUUUCUGAUUGUGCAGGUGAUGGCGGGUGUGUGGGCAGUUCGAUGGUGCUGUUUUCGGGUUCGCGCGACAAGACCAUGCGCAUGUGGGACAUAUCGCAGCAGACCUGCCUAUACGUUUUCGUAAGCUCAUACACACACACACACACACACAGCCCCACACCCCGUCGACACACAGACGAACGUUGUGUGUGUGUGUGUGUGUGUCCCGUACCCAACAGGAGGGCCACACCAACUGGGUGCGUGGCAUCUGCUUCCACCCGUCGGGCCGCUACGUGCUGUCAUGCUCCGACGACAAGACCAUCCACAUAUACGACGUCAACUCAGGUACGAUGUCACUUGUGCCUCGUCGGUUGGCUCAGAGGGGUGCCAUGGCUGUCUGUCUGUCUGUCUGUCUGAUGUGUUGCCUGUGUGUGUGUCAGGAUACUGUGUGCGUAGACUGGAUGGCGCCAAGGGCUUUGUAACCUGUGUGGCGUGCAAGCACCCCGCACCGCUCAUCGCCGCAGGUGGGCGGGCCUGUUUGAUGUGCUGAGGUGAAUGUACGUCUGCAUGGGCCUUCGUGUGCGUGUGUGGUUUGUUCAUUCAGGUGCCCUCGACAGGGAGCUCCGGCUGUGGGCGUGUGUGUAGUGUAGUGUAGUGUAGCGAAGACAGACAGCACAAGGAGCACAAGGUGGCCGGCGGGUCACCUUAGUAGAUUCAGCUGAGAUGGGUUUGUGUUCGUGUGUUAAUACGUAAGGGGACUUUUGUACAGACAGACAGACAGACAUACGCCACGCCAGACGCCUGAGCAGUUCGGUGGAUUGGAGGGAUCCACGGCAUGAACUGUGUUGAUGUGUUCAUGUCCAGACACACACACAGUCGCUGUCAAUAGAGCCAGUUCUACCC